UUGUCAAAUAUACGGUGUAAGAAAGACAACCCUGUUUUCGGCAACCAAAAUAAACAAUUUGACUAACAGAUGAUUGAAAAAAAAUAUCGUGCAAUUAGCAUUUUAAUUUCAAGGCAAGGCAAAAGGGAAAACUCGUAUUUUAAGCAAAGAAAUUUUAAUUAAAUCAAUUAAUUACGCAAAUGCAGCGAUGCGUGGUAAUAAAUCGCCGUUCCGCUUUAACGUUAGUAUGGAUUUUUGUGUUAAGUGGCAUACGACAAAGUCAAACAGAUGAAGCUGAAACAAAAGCAUCAACAAAUGACAACGGCAAUAGUAAUGAAGUAGCGCCUUAUAUACUAAGGAAUUUCAAUGAAACUACACAACAUGUGUCACUAUGUCAAAAUUCCGCCAAUACCAGUUGUAAUGAAUUACAUUUUCCCUGCAUACGUUGUCUUUAUAACUACACUUGUCACUAUGGACAAGACGUGUAUGUAAAUUGCAGUGCUCUUUAUCAUGUAGAGUGCCUUGGCAGUAGAUGGUUUUGGCAUCAAAUGAAUUGCCGCUAUUGUUACCAAACAGAAAAGUGGCAGCAGAAAUGUGUUUUAAAGGGUAACUGCAAUUCAGUCAACGGUCAGUAUUACAAGACCAAUUGCACCGUCAAUUCAGACGUAUUUUGUUUGGGUAAUCGUUCAUUUUCAAGAAAUAUUAAAUGCAAUUGGACGCAAGGCUAUCGGUGGAGUACUGCCGUAAUUAUAAGUCUUACGUUGGGUGGCUUUGGUGCGGAUCGUUUCUAUUUGGGUCACUGGCAAGAAGGUAUAGGUAAAUUAUUCAGUUUUGGAGGUCUGGGUGUAUGGACUAUAAUUGAUGUAGUAUUAAUAUCACUCCAUUACCUUGGACCGGCUGAUGGUUCUCUGUAUAUUUAAUGUUUAACAUAGAAAAUAAAAAAAAUAAACAAAUAAAGAGAAA